AGCACCAGUCUAAUUGUGCUCUCCCGCCUUUUCUGUGCAGUUUCAAAGGGACAACGCAGCCGUUGUACACACUCCUGUGCUUUCUCCGCCUUGCACACGAACUCCCCCUCUUCUCGUAACCGGGUUCUUUCUCUUUUCCCGUGAAGCCCCCGACAUCCAGCUUAUGCUCCGCGCCGCACCGAUGUCGUCUUCGCACAGCCGGCGGGCGGUGCUGCGGCGGUGCUCGUGCGCGUCCCUGAUGCAUCUGGUGCUUCUGCUCGUCUGCUGCGUACUUCUGCUGCAGCUGCACACAACAGUGGUGGCCACUCCCGUCUGCACGAAGUGGUGCCUCGACUGCCGCGAAUAUAAGAAGUCGUCCUACUGCAUUCAGUGCAUCAACCGCAGCUACGUGACGGACUACAAAACACAUCAGUGCAACGUACGGCCGGCAGUCGUGCCAUGUAAGGUGCCGCAUUGCGAAGUAUGCGUGUUGAAUGAACCGAAGUAUUGCUACAUGUGCGAGAACGGAUAUCAGCAGAAAGAUAAGGACUUGCAGUGCCGCCCUUUCGCCACCACAGCGCCGGAGCCGACCCCGAACCCAAACCCGGCUCCAGCGCCAAUACCGUCUCCGGAUACAAUGCCGGAUCCACAGCCGAACCCUCCGACCACCACAGCCACCACCACGGCGCUGUGCAAGGUGCUGUGGUGCUCGCGGUGCGACCCCAACGACGGCACCGUGUGUGCGCAGUGCUACGACGGCUUCACGUGGAAGACGUCGCACAAGUGCGAGCCCACGGCGUCCUGCUACGUGGAGGGCUGCCUCGAGUGCGACCCCAUGGACAGCAGCGUUUGUCUGUCGUGUCGCGUCGGGUACACCGAGUCCUCGAGUUUCUGUCGCAAUAACGCCUUGACGAAUGCUGUGUCGGCGCCGCGCCGGUCGUGUGCGAGCGCCGCCGCGCUCCUGUCUGCUCUCAGCCUCCUCAUUCUUCUUCUAUAG